AGCAAUGGGAAUCUGAAUGAUCCCGUUGUUUCUGAGCAUGGGCUGUUUUUGUUGGAGGUUUGUUACCCCAUCUGUAAAAUGAAGUAAACAGUAAGUGGGAAGCAAUCAGCACAGUGCCUGGCUCAUAUAAGCCCCCAGUAAAAGCUGUACCAGACAGCUCUUAGCGUGCCUAUCUCUUGAUUGUUUCACGUAAGCUUUGAAAGAGAUAACUAUGAAGAUACGAACGGCAUCAUGCGGAUGCACACAAGGUGACAAGAGUAACGAUGCCUUGGACUAAGUGGACGCUAAUUCAUACACAUGAAAUGAAUAGCCUGUGGGAUGUAUUCUAGUCUCUCCUCGUUGCCAAGCACAUUCUGCCUUGUCCCCCAAAAUGUUGAUGUGAUUCAUCUCUGCGUCAAGUACAUCUUUGCCGAAUAAAUAAUUGGAUUUUUUUUAAGGCUACGCCUGUUUUUGGUUUUUUGGGGUUUUUUGUUUUUUUUUUAACGUCCAUAAAGCCGUUCAGGAUUCCCAAGCAUUAGAAUACAGGGGGACCUCCGGGGAUGUCUGGGAUAGCAACCACGCCGGAAGCAGCCGGAAGACAAGACAGGAACAUUCCUAUUGGCGCGUUAGCUCCCGGGGGAGCUGGACAGUGCCGCGAGAGCCGCGUGCCGCGCGAGAGCCUGCCGCAGCUUGGCGCAUGUCCAGUCGGAACACGAAGUAGCUGUCCAUCCCUCAACUCGGAUGCUCUGACGCAUUUUCCGGUUCGGACCCCACCCUUUCUUGCAACAGGAAGUCCGGAGAAGAGCCGGAAGUCGGGAGAAGAGCCGGAAGUCGGAAGAAGAACCAGUGGGGUCAUCACGUGAGGAUCAACGCAAACGUGGGGGUCAGUGGAGCGGAAGUCAUUGGAUUUUGCACUGCCGUAAAGUAUAGUCCGUCAGACCGUCUUCCGGUUAGCGACAACGGCCGGCUCAGAUGCCGGUGCCAUCCUUCCUGUAGACCGCGACUCGGACGGUCGGCGAUCCACGCCUCGCCUCAGCUCUCAUACCUGUCGGUGCCCCUUCACCAAGAUCAUGUUCAAGAAAUUUGACGAGAAGGAAAGUGUGUCCAACUGCAUCCAACUGAAAACUUCCGUUAUUAAGGGUAUUAAGAGCCAACUGACUGAGCAGUUUCCAGGUAUCGAGCCGUGGCUUAAUCAAAUCAUGCCUAAGAAAGAUCCCGUCAAAAUAGUGAGAUGCCAUGAACACAUGGAAAUCCUUACAGUCAACGGAGAAUUACUGUUUUUCAGGCAGAGAAAAGGACCUUUUUAUCCAACGCUAAGACUGCUUCACAAAUACCCGUUUAUCCUGCCACACCAGCAGGUCGACAAAGGAGCCAUCAAAUUUGUGCUCAGUGGUGCAAAUAUCAUGUGCCCAGGUUUAACGUCUCCUGGAGCGAAGCUCUACACUGCUGCAGUAGAUACCAUCGUGGCGGUCAUGGCAGAGGGGAAAGAGCAUGCCCUGUGUGUCGGAGUCAUGAAGAUGGCUGCAGCAGACAUUGAGAAAAUCAACAAGGGAAUCGGCAUUGAGAAUAUCCAUUAUCUAAAUGACGGGCUGUGGCACAUGAAGACAUAUAAGUGAGCCUUAGACACAAUACACCUGAGCUAAAUAUAAAUAUUGUGUUGUAUCUCUGUGUGUGUCUGUAUGUGACAUCAUGAAGACAAUACCUCUAUGGUUAUGCUGAAUAAAUUCAACAAAUACCUUUUAAAAACAAAA